AUGGAAAGAUUCUACUACGUCGCCGUGGUCACCUCCGUGCUCCUCGUCUUGCUCCACCACCUCUUGAUGAGGCGCAAGAAGCAGCAACGGCUGCCACCUGGCCCGCGGUUCGCGUUCCCCAUCCUCGGCCACCUACCCUUGCUCAAGAAGCCGCUCCAUACCUCGCUCGCCGGCCUCGUGUCGCGCCACGGCCCGGUUGCCCACCUGCUCCUCGGCCGCCGCCACGCCGUCGUCAUCGGCUCGGCGGCGCUGGCGAAGGAGUGCUUCUCCGGAGAGGUCGACGUCGAGAUCGCCAACCGCCCGCACUUCCCAUCCGCGCGUGAGGUCACCUUCGACUACUCGGUGCUCACCGUCGCCAACUACGGCGCGCUCUGGCGCACCAUGCGCCGCGUCUCCACCGUGCACCUCCUCUCGGCGCACCGCGUCAACAUCAUGUCCGACACCAUAAUCGCCGGCGAGCUCCGCGCCAUGGUGCGCCGCCUUGCCAGCGCCUCCGCCUCCGCCUCCGCUCCGGGCGCCGCCGCCAGGGUCGUGCUGAAGCGGAGGCUGUUUGACCUCUCCCACAGCAUCCUCAUGGAGAUCAUGGCGCAGACCAGGAACACCUACUCCGACGAUGCGGACGAGGACAUGUCCAAGGAGGCGCGGGAGAUGAAGGAGAUCAUCGAGGAGAUCAUCCCGCUUGUUGGUGUGGCCAACCUGUGGGACUACAUGCCCCUGCUGCGGUGGCUCGAUGUGUACGGCGCCAAGAGGAAGCUCGCGGACGUGGUUAAGCGAAGGAACCUGUUCUUCGACAAGAUGAUCGAUGCAGAGAGGCAGAAGCUGAAGCAGCUGGAACGCAAGAAAGGCGAGGCCGAUGCCAACGACUCGGCGGACGAGAAGAUGGGCAUGAUCGGUGUCAUGCUAUCACUGCAGAAAACAGAGCCUGAUGUCUACACGGACACCUUUAUCAACGCUCUCGUGCCAAAUCUGCUCGGCGCCGGCACGGAGACGACCUCAACGACCAUGGAAUGGGCAAUGUCGCUCCUGCUUAACCACUCAGAUGUGCUGAAAAAGGCGCAGGAAGAAAUCGACUCCAACGUCGGAGGGGGUCGUCUUGUCGACAAGAACGACCUUCCCCGUCUGCCGUACCUCCAUUGCAUCAUCAGCGAGACGCUUCGCCUCUACCCGGCCGUGCCGAUGCUACUGCCGCACGAGGCGUCCAGCGACUGCAAGAUCCACGGGUACGACGUCCCGGCAGGGUCGAUGAUCCUCGUCAAUGCGUACGCCAUCCACAGGGAUCCGGCGACAUGGAAGGACCCGGAGGAGUUCAGGCCGGAGAGGUUCGAGCACGGCAGAGCAGAGGGGAAGUUUAUGAUGCCAUUUGGGAUGGGGAGGCGCAGGUGCCCCGGUGAGAAUCUCGCAAUGCGAUCCAUGGGGCUCGUCCUGGGGGCGCUGCUCCAAUGCUUCGAUUGGGCCAGGAUUGGGGAUGCAGAAGUUGACAUGGCAACAGCCACUGGCACCAUCAUGUCUAAGGCUGUCCCACUGGAAGCUCUGUGCAAGCCACGAGCGAACAUACCCCUUUUCGCUUGGUCUGGCUUAUCAGUUUCUCUCACGACACAUCAACAAAUUUCAGUCUGGCUUUUCGGUGUUCUUCAGAAAAUCUAG